CUAACAGAGAGGAGAUGAGAGAUAAUGUGAGCAUUUAAAUUACUACUUUCUCCUUCUCUUCCAUCUCAAGUUUCUUUCUUCAUAUAUAGAUACACAUCUUCCAUUAUAUGAUUAUUAUUAAAUUCUUGGCAGCAAAUGAGGGAAGGAAGCUAAGGAAUUAUAGCAUAGCCUUGCUUCUGUCUGGGGUUUACUUCUGCUUUUAGGAAAGGGAUUGGAUUUGGGCUUUGGUGAAGAAGAUGUUGGGAGAAUUGGUAACCAGUAGCCUUGUGUUGGUUCUUGGGUAUGCAUACCCUGCCAUUGAAUGCUUCAAAAGUGUGGACAAAAACAGAGGGGAUAAUGCUGAGCUUCGCUUUUGGUGUCAAUAUUGGAUAAUUGUGGCAUUGGUUAGAGUUUUGGAGAGCAUUUGUGAUCUUUCCAUGUCAUGGAUGCCAAUGUAUACCGAGUUGAAGUUGGCACUCUUCAUUUACUUGUGGCAUCCCAAAACAAAGGGGACAACAUAUAUAUACGAAACAAUGUUGACUCCUUUGGUUAAAAAGCAUAAAGUGGACAUCGAUGGAAGAUUCUCCAACUUGAGAGAAACUGCAUGGAACUUGGCCAUAUAUUAUUGGCACAAUGGCACUGAAUUAGGGCAGGCCAAGAUGCUUGACUUUUUUGCCCCUUCUCCAUCCCAAAACAAUGGCACCCAACAAAGUCCCAAGAAGGAUCAAUACAAUUGGAAGAGUGUAACAUCAUCAACUGGACGCCAAAGCUCGUCGUCGUCUUAUGGGUUUCUCAAGAGGAAGUCAUCUGACAAGCGGAGAUCGUCGCCGCUUUCUCCUUUUCCAACGUACCGGUCUGUGUCUGGUCCGGCUAAGUCGGAUGUAGUUGAAGUUCAACUACCGGUUCAAACUCAAGUUGUAUUUGAAGGCAAAAGUGGUUAAUUAGGCCCCGUUUGGUACACGGAAUUCAAACUAUGGAAUUGGAAUUGAGGCUUCAAUUCCAAUUCUCAUGUUUGGCAGCACAAAAAUUAUGUGGAUUUGGAAUUGGUAGUGCAAAAAAUGAAUUGGAAUUGG